GUGACGUUUCACUCGGCACGUGACGUCACCAACCGGCUCUUUGACUCGGAAGCUGCAGUGCUCGAACGCAACGCGUGAGGAAGAGAAGAAAUGACCGACGGCGACCUCAAAUUCACGUCCUAGAAACGGAAAGGAAAGGCCGUUUUCCGUCUUCUGAGUCACGGCCCCACCGAGUCAAAUCCUCCACUCGCUUUUGACAAGCCAAAGGCUUUCAUUACGGUUCACCUCUUUCCGCGCCGUCGAAGGUCCACGGCUUUUUAAAUUUUAUUUCAGGUCUUCCAGCGUUCAAGGGUCGCUUCUUGCUCCCAGUAUGGAGAAUGCGCAGACACCCGAGCAGAACGGGGCACCUACACACUACACCAACGGUCUGCUGAACGGCUUUCACUCGAGCCAGGCGAGUCCGAGCGGAGGUGCUGUUAGUGUCGGUAUCGGAGAAGGUGGAGGAAGCGAUGAUUGUGGCCCGAACUGUAGCGGUGGCCAUAAUGGUUUUGAAAAUUUCCACCAUCUUCUUCACCAUCAGGAUGUCGCGCACAACAACGGCUCUCCUGCCAAACGCUGCCGUCUCCGCAGGAGGAUGGACUCGGGGAGAAAACACCGACCCCCUUUCCCAUGGUUUGGCAUGGAUAUUGGAGGCACCCUGGUGAAGCUGGUCUACUUCGAACCGAAGGACAUAACAGCCGAAGAGGAGCAAGAGGAAGUGGAGAGCCUAAAGAGCAUCCGGCGAUACCUAACCUCGAACGUAGCCUAUGGCAACGCGGGCAUCCGUGAUGUGCACCUGGAGCUAAAGAACCUGAUCAUGUGUGGCCGCAAAGGCAACCUGCACUUCAUCCGCUUUCCCACACACGACAUGCAUAGUUUCAUCCAGAUGGGUCGUGACAAGAACUUUUCAAGCCUACACACCACGCUUUGUGCUACCGGUGGAGGAGCAUACAAGUUUGAGGAGGAUUUCAGGACGGUGGCGAAUCUGGAGCUGCAGAAGCUGGACGAGUUGGACUGUCUGAUCCAGGGCCUGCUCUACGUCGACUCGGUCGGCUUUAAUGGCCACUCAGAGUGCUACUUUUUCCAAAACCCUUCUGAUCCUGAAAACUGUGUCAAGCAGCCAUGUAGCCUUGACAAUCCCUUUCCCAUGUUGCUGGUAAACAUUGGCUCAGGGGUCAGCAUCCUGGCAGUUUACUCCAAAGACAAUUACAAACGGGUCACAGGCACCAGUUUGGGAGGUGGAACAUUUCUAGGCUUGUGCUGCCUGCUAACUGGCUGCGAGACGUUCGAGGAAGCUUUAGAAAUGGCGACAAAAGGGGAUAGUACAAACGUUGACAAGCUGGUAAAGGACAUUUACGGUGGUGAUUACGAGCGCUUUGGUCUUCAAGGCUCUGCUGUGGCAUCCAGUUUUGGCCAUAUGAUGAGUAAAGAGAGGCGUGAUAGCAUCAGCAAAGAAGACUUAGCCAGAGCUACUCUCGUCACCAUAACAAACAACAUCGGUUCCAUUGCCCGCAUGUGUGCUGUGAAUGAGAAAAUUGAAAGGGUUGUAUUUGUUGGGAAUUUCCUGCGAAUCAACACAGUUUCUACAAAGCUGCUAGCUUACGCCAUGGACUUUUGGUCAAAAGGACAGUUGAAAGCCUUGUUUUUGGAACAUGAAGGGUAUUUUGGGGCUGUUGGUGCCUUCUUGGAGCUACUAAAGAUGACUGAUGACCUCUGAGGCAUUGAAUCUUGAACAUUCUAACCAGAAGCUGCUGUGAGAUGUCAAAGAAAGCCUAUUUCUGAUACUUGGAAAAGCCAAGUCAGCUAUCUAAGAUUAUGCCUUUAUACUUCCCUGUUUGAAAGCAUAAUGCAAGCCUGAUCUAGAUACCUGUAUUGGAUUUGAAGAGUAUUGUGUAUAUUUGCCACUAAGGAACGGUACCGUCUGCUGUAAGAUGAAAACAAUAAGAUGGUUCUCGAUAGACAAUGCCCCAUAAGCUAAAAUCUGAUGAUUGUUAGACUGGUUUUGCGCACUUCAGCUAAAUCUUUGUUGUGUUGUAUGUUUUAAAUAUCUGGCGUAGAACAUGACUUAAUAUAAGAAAUAGAUUCAAAGUAAUCUACAGCUUUUUCCCCUCCUAGUUGCCCUAAGUCAUGGUACCAUUGUAUUAUAGUCUUCUUUGCCUUGUUCUCAAUUCUUCAGUGUGAUUUUGGGUAAAUCUUUCGUUUUAACGGUCCAAUAAGUACGAUUUUACCAUGAUCACAUAAUGGUAGAUUAUGUAAAAGGUUAUUACAUAAUGUGGAUAUCACUGAAUUGUUAUGAGGAUGGAUUUUAGUCCGUAGUAACAAGAAGUGGUUUAUGUUCUGGGCAUUUCACUCCCUUUUUCUCUUUAUACCGGCCACACUGGAGUUACCACCAGUUCACAUGUUGCAAAACAGAAAAACAAGGACAUGUGAGCAACCAUAAUUAAUAGCUAGUCAGUAAUAUGCAAUGUACAAAGCUGAUAAUUCCCUGAUUAAGAUGUGAGCAUUACUAUGCACACCUCAGUAAACACUAAACACUGUGGUCCAUUAUGAGUCUACACAGGAGCUCUAGGCCUGAUUGCCAAAGCAAAAACUAUAUUAAUUAUUGGACUUUCAUAUUUGUGUUUAAAAAUUUGUACAGUUUAAAUCGGUUCAGAAUCCCCAUAGGGCUUCAUAGCAGUAUUAGCCAAAUCAAAUGUGUAGGCCUAUGUCAUUUUUGAGAUUUCUUAACCUGAAAAUUUAGAUAACACAUUUUGGGACCAAGAUUUUUAGUGUUCACUAAUCAUCAGCUUUUUUUUAUUAUUAUUAUUAUUUGUUAAAUGAGUAGAGCACUGAUUCAUUCAACUGUAACAGUAUGCUGUAGUUUUAUCCCCUGGUCUGAAUAAUGAACCGAUCGCAGAAUGACUACUCCACUCACUUGACCAUAAUUCUUUUUACCCUUGAGGUGUACUUACACUGUAUUUGAUGUACGAGAUUUUUUUGUUUGUUUGUUUCUAUUUAAACCAUAUUUUUGCAAAUUGAAUCUGUUUAGUGCUAGUCAUAUUUGUGGCAUUAUAUGAUGGUAUGAUAGUUUCACUUAAAAUGCCAGAUCGAGCCUCUAAAAAUGUCUCCUGCCUUUUUCCCCGCCUUGCAAACUAAUGCCUUCAUCGACCGCUCCGUACAUUUCUCAUCGACAUUCAGUAUCAUUCUUUUAAAGAAGCCCAGCAUAAUGUACCUUUAACAUGAACAUGCACCUUUGAAUAGCCUUCGCCAAAGCUCCAUCCAGCAGAGAGUAAUGCUCAGUUUGGCUGAAUGCUGACUGAAAUCCUCCAGAAUGUGAAACAUAUAUAACAUGUUUAUAUGACAAUUGUUGAAGGAGAUUUCUUGUUGUUUGGUGGGAUUGGAGCUGAAGCUGUUUGAGCAGAAAUAGAACUGGUAUGCUCUUGGGUUGGGACCUUGUUGAAAAGAUAGUUCAUGAAAAUCUAGAUUUUCUGGAAAAUCCAGUCACUGUCAAGGGUUUAUAAAUGCAAAAUCUUCUGAUGGGAUGGUUCUUUUCUCUUGUAUUUUUAUUUGCAAAGAAUUUGGCAAGUGUUUAGUGUAUGCAGAAUAUCAUCAAUGCCAUUCUGCUGUCCAAAUUUAUAGUAUUUAUGGCAAAUAUAUACAGAGUGUUAAGCUAAGCAUGGUAAAUGAAGUUAAACACUUAAUAUUUUCGUCACCAUAAAUCACCAGCUGUCAACAGCCCAUGCAUACAUUUUACAUCUAUUUAUAAUGCCUCAUACUCAGUAGCUUAUUUGUAGUUAAAGGCACAUGUACAUUUUAAGCAAACAUUGCAAAUGCCAAUGGGAACCGAGCGUUUCCUUUUAUCGUGAAGAGAUUUGAACACGUGAUGCUGGAGUUCAUUCAGUUUUUCUUUUACACAUUUUUCAACUUCAUCCACCCAUUACCUCUCUUCUUAGCCCUCAGAAUUGCCUUAUGCUGUUGGUCGCCAUUUUGACCUUUGAGAAUCUGUGUAUGCACGAUGGCAAUCCAACACUACACUUUUCCAUUUCAAUCAAGUGUUACGGGGUGCCUUUUACUAACCGAGACCAGAUUUAUAUCUGUGCAUUUUCCUUCUUCACCGUUGUACAAUGUCAUUGUAAAUUGUUAAUGUUCAGUUGGUCUGUUCAUGUUGUUGUUGUUGUUGUUGUUUUUUUGUUUUGUUUUUUUAAUUCAGUAAAUUAAAUCCAUAUGUUAGUACACACUGUUCUAAGCUCUGAGGCACUGCAAAAACUGAAACUACACCCAAGAAGAAUGAUAUGUAUACAAAGCAGUGUAAGACAAGUUGAGGCACUACGGUCUCUCCCAUUAAUGUUGAAUAUGUGCUUUGUAACAGGCUUUGUCUGUCAGCGUAAUGCAUGAAAAUUAGGGCUUAGCAUAUUCUCCUCCAGCAUGUUUUGUUUCUUUUGUUUUUUUUUUAUUUUUGUUAACACCAGCCUGUUUAAUCAUACUUAUUGCAUUAUCAAAAGGAGUUUAAAACCUUAAAAGAGUUGACGUGACUGAGUAAUAAAAUCCUUUCAGAAUCUGGUCAUAUCUAUAGUAAUGGUAAUAGACCACUUUUUAUUUUCUUUCAGUAAUGAGUAUGACAUGCCUGAAUGUGUACUACAGUAUGCCUGGUCUCGGCUGUAUGGCACAUACCUUGUCUGUAAAAAGGCAGUAUAUUACCGUGUGUGUAAUGUUGCCCUUCAGUGUUGUCACUCUGAUCUGGCAGUGUGUGUGGACUGUGUUUACAUGUUCUAGAGGGGGCCAGGACUUAUUUAUGCCCCAUGUGGAAUGAACAGCUAAUUCCAACCUAUUCUCAAAAGAAUUCAUGUUCUCACAAAUCUCUUUUGAUAUUGUUUUCCCUAUUUGUUCUGAAAACUUUUUCUUGUCAACAAACCUUGUGAAUACUUAUUAAAUGUGAUUAAUGCGUGAAAAGUUA